ACAAGACCAUUCAUGAAAAGCCACAUAAGAAGUUGAUGCAGAAGCAAUAAUAAUUAAAAAAUAAAAGAAAAAGCUCUUCAAGUUUUGGUUUCUGCAGUCUCCAAUGGCUCUCAAGCUCUUUCUCUUUGCUCUUCUUCUCUGUCUCCCGACUUCUCUCUCCUCCACUGCUUCUAAAGGUAAAGAGAAGUUUAAUCCAUACAGAUACACAUUCAUCGAUAAAGCAAGCACAUUCUCAUCGUCUUCUUCAUCAUCCUUCUCAUCCAACGGUCAAGAUUCGUCCUACGACUACAUAGUCAUCGGCGGCGGAACCGCAGGCUGUCCUCUUGCCGCAACGCUGUCGCAGAAUUUUAGCGUUCUUGUUUUGGAGAGAGGUGGCGUUCCGUUUACAAACGCGAACGUUUCUUUCCUCAGGAACUUCCACAUCGGACUUGCUGACACGUCAGCUACCUCCGCGUCACAGGCGUUUGUUUCCACUGACGGCGUUUACAACGCUCGCGCUAGAGUUCUCGGCGGCGGUUCAUGUAUUAACGCCGGUUUUUACUCCAGAGCCGAUGAUGCGUUUGUGAAGCGAGCAGGAUGGGAUCCGAAGCUAGUGAAGGAGUCGUAUCCGUGGGUGGAGAGAGAGAUCGUUCAUCAGCCCAAGUUAACGUUAUGGCAGAAAGCUCUAAGAGACAGUCUUUUAGAGGUUGGAGUCAGACCUUUCAAUGGCUUCACUUACGAUCACGUCUCCGGAACCAAAAUCGGUGGUACCAUUUUCGACAGAUUUGGCCGACGUCAUACCUCUGCGGAGCUUCUCGCUUACGCUAACCCUCAGAAACUUAGAGUCUUGAUCUAUGCUACUGUGCAAAAAAUCGUCUUUGACACUUCAGGAACAAGGCCUAGAGUAACAGGAGUGAUAUUCAAAGACGAAAAUGGUAAUCAACACCAGGCUCUUCUUUCGAAUAGAAAGGGAAGUGAAGUGAUCUUAUCUAGUGGAGCCAUGGGGUCACCACAGAUGCUCAUGUUAAGUGGGAUUGGUCCUAAGAAGGAGCUUCAAAGGCUUAAGAUUCCUGUGGUUCUAGAGAAUGAGCAUGUAGGGAAAGGAAUGGCUGAUAAUCCCAUGAACACGAUCUUGGUGCCUUCAAAGGCGCCUAUAGAGCAGUCUCUUAUUCAGACUGUUGGAAUUACAAAGUUGGGUGUAUAUAUUGAAGCUAGCACUGGCUUUGGGCAAUCCUCUCAGAGUAUUCAUACUCACUAUGGGAUUAUGUCGGGCAAGAAUGAAUUGUUUUCUACCAUUCCUACAAAGCAGAGAAGACCAGAAGCAACGCAAGCUUACACUAGAAGAAACAAGUACCAACUUCAAGAAUCGUUCAAUGGAAGUUUCAUCUUGGAGAAACUAGCUUACCCACUCUCUAGAGGGCAUUUGAGCUUGGUCAACACGAAUGUAGAUGACAACCCUUCAGCAAACAUCAAUCUAAGGCCAAAGCAACUAAAUGAUACCGAAUCAAUGGCUCAGUUCUGCAAAGACACAGUUGUCACAAUCUGGCAUUACCAUGGUGGAUGUCUUGUGGGUAAAGUUGUGAGCCCUAACCGCAAAGUUCUUGGUGUCGACAGGCUCAGAGUUGUUGAUGGUUCCACGUUUGACGAGUCUCCAGGAACCAACCCUCAAGCUACGCUUAUGAUGAUGGGAAGAUACAUGGGAGUCAAGAUACUUCGGAAGAGACUUGGAAACAAUGCUGGUGUUUAGUUUGCGGAUUCAGCUUUUUAUCGUAGACAAUCUUCGUACCAGAUAACUCUGUUGUGUUGGAGAAUAUCUCUCUCUGUCUCUUCCUCUGGCUAUUUUGAUAUUCGAUUCAUUGAAGUAUAGGAUCAUAUUGUCUAAUGAACUUUGUGUGUAACCCUAUUUUGCAAUCGGUCUUGUUGCUUGCGUGAAAGGUUGAUCAUGAUUUGUGCUUGAAUACUAUCCUUUCAGUUCCGUCC